AACAACACAACACUCCUCUCAAACGCCGAACCCCCAUUCUUCAAUCCCUAAUAUUCAUUUUGCAUAUUUCGUUUUGAAGAACCCUUUUCCUCUCUAUAUCCAUACCAAGACCCGUUUUUGAUCGAAACCCAUUUUUCUUCACCCUUCAUAUUAAAUGCCCUUAAUCUCUUUUUCACAUUUCUCUCUUCCCUCACUUCGUUUUUGAUUUCCCCCUUUCACUCUCCAACUGUGUUGGGAAUCAACCCUUGUUCGUUAGGGUUUUAAUAAUCAUCAUCUGAACUCUUUUUCUUGUUUUAACUAAGCAACUUUAUUUUUUUUUUUUUAAUUUUCUCUUGUUGUUUUAAUUCAUUUGGGUUUUUUUUUGUUUGUUUUGCAAAAAAAAAAUCUGAUUUUUUUUUGGGGAUUCGUUUUUUUGUAGUUGUUUGGCGCUCUUAAAUUGUUGUGUUCUAUGUGUUUUUGUUGUUUUUUGAUAUAACCUAGAAUUGGUUAAGUUGAAACUUUUUGUUUUUUUAUUUGCAUAGGGUGAAUAAAUUUGUAUUGUGUGAACUACUAAUGUUUUCCCCUUCAAGAAUUUGAAGGGAAGUUAAACUUCUGCAAGUUUUUUUGUGUGUGUGAUGUUUUAGUUGGUUUCAAUAUCAACAUUGGUUAUUGAAGUUGUGGUGGUGGUGGUGGUGGUGUUUUGGGUUUGGGUUGGUAGGUUUUACUUAGGUUAAGGCUUGUAUGGGAGAACAUGAAGAGUGGGCACAGCCACAAAGUGGGCUAUUGCCAAAUGGCUUAUUGCCAAAUGAAGCUGCAUCUGUGAUACAGGUGCUUGACUCGGAGCGGUGGUUGAAGGCUGAACAAAGAACUGCAGAGCUGAUUGCCUGCAUUCAGCCUAAUUCCCCCUCCGAGGAGCGACGAAAUGCAGUUGCUGACUAUGUCCAAAGGCUGAUCAUGAAGUGUUUCCCUUGUCAGGUGUUCACCUUUGGGUCGGUUCCCCUAAAAACUUAUUUGCCUGAUGGAGAUAUUGACUUAACAGCAUUCAGUAAGAAUCAAACUUUGAAGGAAACAUGGGCACAUCAGGUCCGUGACAUGCUGGAGAAUGAGGAGAAGAAUGAGAAUGCUGAGUUUCAUGUCAAGGAGGUUCAGUACAUCCAGGCUGAAGUGAAGAUUAUAAAAUGUCUUGUUGAGAAUAUUGUAGUAGACAUUUCAUUUAACCAGCUUGGAGGGUUGUGCACCCUUUGUUUUCUUGAGGAGGUUGAUAAUCUGAUUAACCAAAAUCAUUUAUUCAAGCGUAGCAUUAUACUGAUAAAAGCUUGGUGUUACUAUGAGAGCCGUAUACUUGGUGCUCAUCAUGGACUUAUCUCAACUUAUGCAUUAGAAACAUUGGUUCUUUACAUAUUUCAUGUUUUCAACAAUACCUUUGCUGGACCACUUGAGGUUUUGUAUCGAUUCUUGGAGUUCUUUAGUAAGUUUGACUGGGAUAAUUUCUGCGUGAGUCUAUGGGGUCCAGUACCAAUUAAUUCGCUCCCAGAUGUGACAGCUGAACCUCCUCGAAAAGAUGCAGGAGAUCUACUGCUCAGCAAAUUAUUUCUUGAUGCCUGUAGCUCAGUUUAUGCUGUUUUCCCUGGCGGUCAAGAAAAUCAGGGGCAACCCUUUGUUUCCAAGCAUUUCAAUGUCAUUGAUCCUUUGCGCGUUAACAAUAACCUUGGUCGCAGUGUCAGCAAAGGUAACUUUUUCAGGAUACGCAGUGCCUUUGCAUUUGGUGCUAAAAAGUUGGCUAGAUUACUUGAUUGUCCAAAGGAAGAGUUGUUUCUUGAAGUCAAUCAGUUCUUUUUGAACACUUGGGACAGGCACGGAAGUGGUCAACGACCUGAUGUUCCAAGCGAUGACCUAUGGCGUGUGAGGUUAUCUAGUCAUGACCAAUCACAGAGUUCUGAGAAUCUCCAGAACAAUAACCAUAAAACUGAUAAUACCUCCAACCGCGAUUCUCGUGUCGAAAGGGAAAAGGAACAUUUUUCACAUAGUGGUCUUUCCCUGCAUAGUAAUGUAUCAUCUGAAAACUCGCCUAAAAAUGGUGAUGUUUCUACAUUUUCCCGUACUCAAAGUCAAAAGAGUAAUGUAAACCAAAAUAAUUCAAGGAACAUUGAUCAAGUUCGUAAGGAAACUAAUUCUACUCAAGGUACUUACGUUGAUAAAAGUCUGAGAAAUGUGAAAGCUGAUAACCCAGCGAGUGACCUUCACGGAAGGUUUCUAUUUGCCAGGACACGUUCAAGCCCUGAGUUGACCGACUCGUACGGCGAAAUUCCUUCCCAAGGAAGGCGUACAAGAACAACAGAAAGCAUUAAAGGCCAGAAUUCCUUCGCAAAGUUGGAGAAUGGUCGUAGAAAGAACUUUGAACCAGAUGUAGCUGCAAGAAAUGAUGAGAUGUCUGGUAGGCACUCAUCUCGUCAAGUUGUCGGCAGUGCUGCUGAAUCUAUCAGUAAUCAUGAUGAAACAGGUGUGAUGGGUGAAGAGUUUGCAUCUGGUGCCGGAGCAAGUGGAAUGCAGAUGAUGCAUCAGGAGGAGCAAGACCUUUUGAAUAUGAUGACAACAUCUCCCACCGCUCAAGGUUUCGGUGGUCAGGCUCAUGUUCCGAUGAAUUUACCUCCUGGUCACCUACCGUUCCCAUUUCCGCCUUCCAUUCUUGCAUCAAUGGGAUAUGGCCAAAGAAAUAUGGGUAACAUUCCCUUCCUUGAGGCUCCUUGGGGUGGAAGUAUGCAAUUUCCUCAAGGUUUAGUUCCUUCACACUUGGCUCCAUAUUUUCCUGGCUACGGAUUGGCCUCAAAUCCUCAGGAUUUAGUUGAAACUGGUAAUGAGAAUUUCAGUCCUGUUGAAAUGAAUCUAGCAGAAGCUGAUAAUGAUUUCUGGCAUGAGCAGGAGAGAAGUCCUGCUAGUGGUGUUGAAUCAGAUAAUGGAAAUUUCGAAAUGCUUCCAGAUGAUAAACAGCAAUCAACUUCAGGUAGUUAUAACUUUGCCCCAUCUUCUCGGGCAGGCAGCUCUAGUAGUUCUGCCAGAACUCACCAGAAGCUUACUAAAGAAAAUCGAGGGUCAACAAGAGAAGAGCAUAUUGAUAAUUUUCAUUAUCAAGAUGGCCGGAGGAAUGACGUUUAUUUUGAUGAUAGAAUAGCAAAUUCUGAGUUACCGAGUGCACCACCUUCAAGCUCCUUCAGAAGUAAGAGCUCUUCUGAAAGCUCAUGGGAUGGAUCGUCAGCCAAAUCCUCAAAAUCAACAAGGGAAAAAAGGGGGAAGAAAAACGCUCCCUCAGUGGCUGCUACAGUUUACAGUAAAGGUAAAAAUGUCUCGGAAAUUUCGUCUAAUCGAACAGAGGAUGAAAACAGAGAGUGGACUCCUUUGUCGACUAUGACAUCUGAUAUAUCAGACAGAAGCACCGAGCCUGCAACCGGUAUUUCUCUGCAUGUUCCGAGGCAUCAAAUAACUGGUUAUGAAGCUGCUCAGACCAGUGGAUCGGAUUCUCCAUUACCAAUGUCUCCUGUGAUUUUAGGUCCUGGAUCUCGCCAAAGAGGCAUUGAUAAUUCCGGAGUUGUUCCAUUUGCCUUUUAUCCUACAGGUCCUCCAGUACCCUUUGUUACAAUGCUUCCGUUAUAUAACUUUCCAACGGAGUCUUCAGAGACAUCAACAAGCAACUUCAAUGGGGAAGUAGGGGCUGAGAACAGCGAUUCUGGUCUACAUUUCGAAUCGUCCGACGGAUAUGAUCACUCUGAGGUGUCAAGCCCUUCAAGUUCAAUGACACGGGCGGGUAUUGAGUCAUCUGACCACAAGCCCGACAUUCUUAAUAGUGACUUUGUUAGCCACUGGCAAAAUUUGCAAUACGGACGAUUUUGUCAAAACACGCGUCAUCCUCCAAUGAUGCAUCCUUCACCUGUUAUGGUGCCUCCGGUUUACUUGCAGGGCCGAUAUCCUUGGGAUGGUCCUGGGAGACCUCCUGUGGCUAACAUGAAUCUUAUCACUCAGCUCAUGAACUAUGGGCCACGUCUAGUACCUGUUCCUCCUCUCCAAUCGGUUUCUAAUAGACCUGCAAACGUUUACCAACGUUUUGUAGAAGAUAUGCCUCGGUAUCGAAGUGGCACUGGGACGUACUUGCCAAAUCCGAAGGUUUCUGUUCGUGAUUGCCAUUCGACAAAUACCAGAAGAGGAAACUACAACUAUGAUAGAAGUGACCAUCACAGUGAUAGAGAAGGAAACUGGAAUAUGAAUUCAAAGGUCCGAUCAACUGGUCGUGGCCAUAAUCGCAACCAAUCUGAGAAGCCAAGCUCAAAACCCGAACGGUUGGCAAAUAAUGAGAGCCGUGCUGAGAGGCCAUGGAAUGCACACAGACACGACUCCUUCGUUUCUCAUCAGAAUGGUCCAGUCCGUGGAAAUUCCUCGCAGAACAGUCACGCCAAUGUAGCUUAUGGAAUGUACUCUAUACCUGGCAUGAACCCUGGUGGUGUAUCAUCAAAUGGACCAGCAAUGCCAUCUGUUGUUAUGUUGUAUCCUUACGAUCAUAAUGCUGGCUACAGUUCGCCGGCAGAACAGUUAGAGUUCGGGUCUUUGGGGCCAAUGGGUUUCUCAGGCGCCAAUGAACCAUCGCAGCCAAAUGACGGAGGUCGAUCUGGUGGUGGAGCACUUGAAGAGCAUAGGUUUCAUGGUGGCCCUGCUCAACGAUCUUCACCGGAUCAACCCUCUUCACCCCAUGUCUCAAGGGGUCCUGAUUCUAAUGUCAGAUAAUUGGCAAGGAGGAUUAUCAAUUGAAAGAAAUGAAGAUGUGUACCUCGUUUUUCAUAUCAAAGUAGGAAGUGGCAUAGAUUUUGAGAAUUUAGAAAUUUUACUUUGUUACAGAUUUGUCAGGUUCAGUUUUAGUUACAGUUGUAGUUACUACUUGUUUUAGAACAUGCAGAAUAUCUUUGAUGAUCAACUUUUUAACAUUGUUACAGGUUAUCAAUGAAAUUGUCAUAAAAAAUAUUGUUAGAUGUAAUUUGUAUUUUGUCUGGCAUUUUCAUUAUCAGUUCCAGCUAUAGAGCAUCCAUGGCCA